AUGCCGGGCUUCCCGGGACCCGGUCCUCCGGUGAGGCUGUGCGUGGGCCUCACGUGCAUUCUGUCCCUUUGGAACACAGUGUCUGCUGUGAAAGGAGAAGCCAAGAAGGAAAAGGUGAUGACCCUCCUUCCUCCAGCAGUGUCUGGCCUUGGAGGAGAAGAGAGGAAGGAAAAGGGGGUGGCUUUUCUCGACACCACAGAACUGCCCGCAAGGUCAGUCGAUCUGUCCGCGCUGAACCUGACAGAGCUGGUGAACGGGAUGCUGAGCAGAGCUUUAAAAGAUACGAAGAAGUUCUUCUCCCUGCUAAGCAUCACCUCCUACAGUUCCGUGGCCUUCCACAAGUUUUCCGUGGCCAUUUACAACAUUUCUAACCUGAAGGCUGUGGACCCGGCCAGGUUCCCCACCCGGUACUGUUACUGUCUGAACAACCGGACCAAUGACUUAUCAGAUUUCACGGCCCUGCUGGUGGACGUCGUUGGAAAUUCUACCAGCUACCUCACAGAGAUUUUCAAGUCAACCUCAAUCCUCUCAGUGAGUCAGACAAAUGAAUCCGACUGCACCGUCAUCUGUAUGAUGACAGGAAAGUCAGGACGGAACCUUUCUGACUUCUGGGAGGUGGCAGAGAAAUCUCCUGUUAUCAACUACACAUUUACCAGCAGCAUGCCUGGUGGUCCAGGUGAGUCUACCAAGGGCUCGUCUGUGACUUCAAUGCCCAUACCCACAAGCCAGCAAACACUACCAAGGACAAGCCCCCCACACGGAGCCCAGAGCACCAGAGCGUCCUCUCUGAGAACUGUUCCCUGGACAGAGACAACUCCUCUUGCAAAGGGAGAGCAGACCCAGAACCCAGGAAGCCUUCCUGAGCUUCACUCCAGGACCGCGGCCACGCGGGGCAGCGCCUCCCCAACCCCAGCCUUGGCUACCAGGAGGGUGACCCGGACUCCAUGGGUGACAACCAGCAGUCAGGCGUGGACUUCCAACCUACCUGUGCCCUGGACUCAGACCAUGGGUGAGAAAGCACCCGGAGGGCCUCCCUGGGAAACAUCGUCCUCCACACGCACAUCUCCUGCAGAGGCCAUGACCACGUGGAGCCUUUCUGGGCCACCUGCUGGGGCAGCGUCCACACAGGGCAGCUCAUCCCAGGCCAGCCCAGCCUCAGGAACCUUCACCCCUGGCACACAGACCCCGAAUCCAACCAAGGCACCAGCCCCUAGAUACCCACAAACAGGUGACGCCCCGUUGGCCUGGCCAUCUGCCCCUGGAGAGGAACCAGCCCUGGCCCCGGGACCCCACCAGGUUUCUAGGUGUCCUCAGCUGCUGGUCGAAGAGGGGGCCGUCACAGCCGCUCCCCUCCCCCUGGCCAUCCGGAAGCUCAACCCUUGCCUGAUGGAGCUGUGCCGCUUUUUCCAGCAAUGCCUCUGCAUGAGCCAGAAGAGAGACCCCAGGAUGGAGGCCAUGAGGUACUGUCUUGAAUACUAUUCCUGGUUUCUGAAGAAUGCAACAUACAUCUGUCAGAGGGUGAAAAGGGUGCCCCACUCACACACCUUAAAACAAAAAUGCCUUCAGAAUAUCUGCCAGUCCGUGUGA